AACCCACCAGCACACCCAUCCGCCAGCCCUCCUGGCCCCAUUCCUCUCUCUCCCCUCCCUCCUCUCCACCGCCACCGCUUCAUCCCCUUCAUCUCCACCUCCUACGAGGCGGCCGCCGCCUCCAUGCUCGGCCGCGACCGCAGGGCCUCAGCUCUAGCAGCGUUCAAUACUGUAGGCUAGCGGAGAGGUGGGGGAUGGCGAAGCCGACGCCGGUGGCCUCGGCAGAGGAGGCGGCGGCGAUGCGGCGCCGGCUGAGGCGCCUGGUGGCCGCGGUGGCGGCCGGGAGCGCCGACGCCGAGGCCUUCGACGAGGCUGCAGAGGCGCUCGCCAAGCUCAGGGACGCCGAGCUUGGCCCCCGCAAGGACAGGACCGGCGACGGCCGGGAGAACAAGCGCAGCACGGAGGCCGCCGUGCCGGAGCACUUCCUUUGCCCCAUCUCCUCAGAGAUCAUGAGGGAUCCCGUCGUCCUCGCCUCCGGCCAGACGUAUGAUCGUCGUUUCAUUCAAGAAUGGUUAAGCGCUGGAAACCGGACAUGCCCACAGACUCAACAAGUCCUUUCGAACACAAUUAUCACCCCGAACCACCUUGUGAGAAGCAUGAUCUCACAGUGGUGCACAGACAACGGGAUCACUCUGCCACCGGUUGAGAACCAAGAUGAAGAUCUGGUUACAAACAAUGAGCGGGAGACAUUUCGUAAACUGUUUGAGAGGAUCGUAUCGUCGUCGUCAGACCUGUCUGAGCAGAGGGAAGCCAUUAAAGAGCUCAGGCUGCGGACUAAGUGCAACAGUUCACUAAGAGCAGCGAUAGGAGAGAGACCGGAUUCAAUCUCGCAGAUGAUUUCCGUAGCGUCCAGCCCAGAGCUAGAAAACAGUGCAGAAGUUGUGGAGGAUACGGUGACAGCUAUCCUUAAUCUCUCUAUCCACGAGAGCAACAAGAAGAUCAUUGGAGACGACCCACUGGCAGUCCCGUUCCUGAUCAAGGCCUUACAGUCAGGAACCAUGGAGGCCCGGAGCAACGCCGCCGCCGCCAUCUUCAGCCUAUCCGCGCUGGACGGCAACAAGGCGAGGAUCGGCGAGCUCGGCGCGAUGAGGCCGCUGGUGGAGCUCCUCGAGCACGGCAGCACGGCAGCGAGGAAAGACGCGGCCUCGGCCAUCUUCAACCUGUGCACGCUGCACGAGAACAAGUCGCGGGCCACCAAGAGCGGGGCCGUCGACGUGACGCUGAGGGCCGUCGCCUGCGCCGGGGACGGCUCUGGCUCCGGCUCGCUGGUGGACGAGUCUCUGGCCGUCCUCGCGCUGCUGUCGGGCGACCACGAGGCGGUGGAGGAGGUCGGCGAGACGGGCGGCGUGGCCUCCAUGCUCCACGUCGUGAAGGACGACCCGUGCAAGCGCAACAAGGAGAACGCGGCGGCCGUGCUCUUCGCGGUCUGCGUGUACGACCGCACCAGGCUGCGGGAGGUCGCCGAGCACGAGAAGCUGAACGGGUCCCUGGGCUGGCUCGCGCGGAACGGCACGUCGAGGGCGCGGCGCAAGGCCGCCGGGAUCCUCGACAAGAUGAAGAGGUCCAUGCACCACCCGCACUACUCCUGCUAGUGCUGCCGCCGUGGCUGUGUGUGAUCAGGGGGGGAAUAAGGGUGGUGUGUGUUGUGUUGGACUGCUCGUUG